AUGUUAUUUGAAUCCACUCAAUUGUAUCACUUGAUGUGGCUUUCAAAAAGGGAUACAUGCCCACCAGCACUGGCUACACCCACUAAUCCACUCACAAAUAUGAGAGCUCUCAUUCCUGAGACGGAUCUCGUCAUUCCGAUAAUUUCACAAUUUUCUCCAUCCUUGUGGAGGAGCUAUUUUCUAUUCAAAGAUGCUUUAUCCGAAACACGUGAAGAAUUGUGGGGAUUUACCAGAAAUAAGGAUGUUCCAACAGAUAAAUAUGGAAUGAAUUCAGAGUUCAAAAGAAUUGAUUUUUUCAACGAAAGAAAUUUGAAAAUAUUGGAAAUGAUUUCUGGAGCUUAUUUUACGUUUUUUAUCACAAGUGAUGGAGUGUAUGGAAUUGGAGAAAAUGAUGAUGGUCAACUAGGUAUUGGAAAUAAUAUUACUCAAUUGGAUUUUGUAAAAAUUACAUCUCUUUCUUUAAUGAAAAUUAGGAAAAUUCAAUGUGGAAACUUCUAUUCAAUGGUGUUGACUGAAGAUUCUGAAGUGUUUGGAUUUGGACAGAACCAUUGGGGACAACUAGGAAUUGGUGAGGAGCAAGAAAAUGUUGUCUUGGUUCCAACACAAUUACAAAUGUUCGGAAAAGGCGAAAUUGAACUGGAAACAAUCUAUUGUGGGGAGUACAAUACGUUUUUCGUAACCACUGCAAGUGAAAAAACGAAUCAUGUGAAGCAAUUAUAUGGUUGUGGAUAUACAGAAUUUGGUCAAUUGGGUCCUCAAGUUCCAAGCACAACAAUAUGUGUGAAAACACCAAUUUUAAUUGAGUUCUUUUCUAAAGAACAAAGCAUGAGUGUGAAAACAAUGACAUCUAGUUAUGGCUUUUCAUUUGUAAUGACCAUGUCCAAUGAAAUUUAUUCAUUUGGUCUUCAAGAAGAUGGAGAAUUAGGAAUUGGCAUUACAAACUCUGAUAUUAACGGAUUUACAAAAAUCGACUUUAAUCUUUCUCCUGGAGAUGACAUUCAAUAUAUGGCAUGUGGAAACAGUAGUGGAAUAUUUAUUUCAUCUAAAGAAGGGAGAGUGUUUCAUACUGGAUUAAUGCCAAUUUUCAUAACACCAUACCAAACUUCUUCUCAAACCAAUCACACACCUUUUCAAAUAUUUAAUGUGUCGCUCUCUCAACACACGUUUGUUAAAAUUGAAAUUAGGGGUGAUACUUAUAUUUUGGUCAAUAAGGUUAUUUCCACACCUACUCAAUUAUUAGGAAGACUACAACUCUUGUAUCAACAAUUACUUGACGAUCAACAGUUUACAGAUAUUCAAUUUCUUUGA